CGCCGUGGCGUGCAGCGUAUGCCGAGCCCCUCCGAGCGAGGGCAUCUCGCCGCGCUGCCCCCCUCCCCCGCGCCGCGGGAGGGUGGGAGGGGGGGGGCCUCCCACGGGGGCGGGCGCUCCCCGUGCGGCCUCGGCUGCGGCUCCGGCCGGCUGGCACGCGCCCCUCCCCGGCGCGAUGGCCGCCGGGGCGCCGCGCCGCGAUGACCUGUACGGCCUGCUCGGGGGCAUGGACGGCACGGCAUCGCCGGGGCACCUGCGACAGGUCCACGCCGCCGUGCUGCCCCCGCCCGAGCCGAUGCCGGGGGCGGCGGCGCUGCCAGGACGGGCCAUGCGGGGCCUGGGGCGCUCGGGCCCGGCGAACUUGGCGCCGGCGUACCAGGCGAGCCGCUGGGGCCGCGAGGAGGGCGCACCCACCGCGGCGGCGCUGGGGCCCGCGCUGCUGUUGCAGCCGCCCGCUUCGCUCAGGCCGGCCGUCUCGCCGGGGACGCUCGCGUCGACGCCGCCAGCGUCCCCAGGGUCGCUGUCCUCGACCCCGGUGCACUCCAGCUGGAGCCGCCGCCAGGGCGGCCUCGGCGGGGCGCCGCCGGGGACGCCGCCCUCCGGCGCCGCCCCGGCCGCCCGGACCGCGGGCGCCCUGUGGGAACCCGUCGACAUCCAGGGCCUUGCCAGCGAGCGGACGUCACCGGCGGGCUGGCGCCAAGGAGCGGCGCCG